GCCGCCGCCUCCUCCAGGCAUGGCACAGGGCUCUACCUCACUAUGGCAGCAGCGCGGCACAGCACCCUGGACUUCAUGCUCGGCGCCACAGCUGAUUGUAAUGCCGUUCUUAAAGCUCUACAGCCCGUUUUUCAGGAGCAGGGAAUGACAGAAACAGUUCAUAACUGGGAAGAUCAUGGUUAUUUAGCAACCUACAUCAAAAAAAAUGGCAGUUUUGCCAAUUUGAGAAUUCACCCUCAUGGAUUAGUGUUGGUGGACCUGCAGAGCUACAACGAUCAUACAAAAGGAAGAGAGGAAACUGAUCAGCUUCUAAACAAAGUAGAAGAAAGAAUGAAAGAACUUUUUCAUGGCAAUCUGAAAAGGAUAAAACGAUUGCCAGCCAUUCUGAGAGGAGGUGUCAUCGAUAGAUACUGGCCCACGGCUGAUGGGCGCUUGGUAGAAUACGACAUAGAUGAAGUUGUUUAUGAUGAAGAUUCACCUUUUCAGAACAUUAAAAUUCUGCAUUCAAAACAGUUUGGGAAUAUUCUUAUUCUCAGUGGGGAUGUUAAUCUGGCAGAAAGUGACCUGGCAUAUACUCGAGCCAUAAUGGGCAGCGGAAAGGAAGACUACACUGGCAAAGAAGUGCUGAUCCUUGGAGGUGGUGAUGGGGGUAUUCUGUAUGAGAUAGUCAAACUGAAGCCAAAGAUGGUUACUAUGGUAGAGAUUGACCAAAUGGUGAUCGACGGGUGUAAAAAGUACAUGCGUAAAACAUGCGGAGAUGUCUUAGACAAUCUGAAAGGAGAGUGCUAUCAGGUUCUAAUUGAAGACUGUAUUCCUGUACUGAAGAGGUAUGCCAAAGAAGGAAGGAUGUUUGAUUAUGUAAUUAAUGAUCUGACAGCUGUUCCAAUCUCCACAUCUCCAGAAGAAGAUUCUACGUGGGAAUUUCUGCGGUUGAUUCUUGACCUCUCAAUGAAAGUCCUGAAGCAAGAUGGAAAGUAUUUCACACAGGGAAACUGUAUCAAUCUGACUGAUGCCUUGACUCUGUAUGAAGAACAACUUAGUAGGCUUUAUUGUCCUGUGGAGUUUUCAAAAGAAAUUGUGUGCGUUCCCUCCUACAUGGAAUUGUGGGUGUUCUACACUAUUUGGAAGAAGCAAACUGAAGUCUGAACAUCAAGAUUAUUCUAAAUGUACAUGCUACAUGAAGCAUAUAGGCCUGCCACGUGGUGCAUAUUGGCAUCUGGAACCUUUAAAUUAUAUGCAGUAGAUGAUCCUGAAACUUAGUCAUGCUAUUGAUUGUGAAUUCUUUUAAAUGUUUUUUUAUUGUUAUUUUAAUUUAAAGCAAAUGAAAAAUGUAUAUUUUGAUGAGCUAGGGUGUUAUUUUUUGAAAGUCAACUUAAAGAUGAGUAAGCAGCAAAACUAUAUAGCUGCUGAAUGCACUGAACCUUUAGAAUGUGAUCCUGUUUAGUUUUUGUAGAUCUUCACAAACUUCUUGAUUAAAAAAGACAUCUUGAGCAUUUCAUCCCUGAGGUGAGGGUGGUCCAUGGAGCUUGUUUUUUUGUUUGUUUUUGACCAGAUUAUUUUUUUAAUCUGUAGUGCUUUUCAAUGAUGGAGGGCUUUUUCUUUGGUAGUUGAAAUUUAAUACUGCAAUGUUUGCAUUUAGAGAAGACAGGCAUAACAAAAAGAAAAAGGGGUGGGAGAGUGGAAUGGGACCUCCUCAAAGAAUACCCCCAAAUCCUUCACUGCAAAGGGAAUAAAGCUAGAAAGCUAAUUUUAAACUUUAUUUCCUGUAGUUUCAUUCAUUCAUCAUAUUGCUGUCAUCUCUUCUGCAGGAGAAAAGAGUCCUUGACCUUUCACCUCGUGGACAUCUUUAGCUGCUGCCCUAUCGAUUAUUUAGAUUUUGUUAUGGAUGUAACAGUAGUUUAUAGAGGUACAUUGUCAGCAUGAAAAUUAAGGCUGAUAUCUCACUACGAUGCAAGAAAUUAAGUGUAGUAAGGUUCUUGUGAUCAUACAUUCCUCAGCCUUGUGGGAAACACUGGGUUCUUGAAGAAGGAAAGCUCGCUUAACAAAAAAAAUGUGGGUGUGAUCUAGAUCCGUGUGCACCAGUAUUUCUUGAAAGUUUGGAGCAAAUACUUAUACUUCAGUAGGAUAAGUCCAGCUUGCAUUUCUCUAGACUGACCACACUGUGUGGGGCUCUUGCUGAAUUAUUCACUUGCAAUUGAAAGAUCUGGAAGUUAGGUCGCAUUGCAGUUUUGUUCUGAAAGAGAAAACAUGUUUCUUAAAUUGUUUAUCAUGUUGUCAUAAAAGUUAUAUUUUUAUAAGAGUGUUAUGUACUAAAAGUUCGCUUUCAGUGUUGAAAAGAUUCCACUUCAGAGGAGGUAGGAAGGAUGUAACCAUUCUGUACACUUCUGUACAUUGCCAAGAUAGAAUAAAAAGUACACUAUCCCAAAACACAUAAUUAUGUUUUUCCUUCAACACCUAGUAUUCAGAUUUUCUUAGUUUUGUUGGAGGGAGUUGAUUUCCCCCCCCCCCCCCCCCCCCCCCGCAUAACCAAAAUGAUACCAUUCAUGCAAAAAAAUUACACUUAGGAUCUGUACUCCUAAACCAUACAUAAGGAAGAGUUUUGCUGCAUCCCAUAUGCAUAAAUUGUUGAUGAAAUUGGAGUGAUCCAUCUGGAAUUUCAGAGGGAUACUGGAAAAGCUUGUAAAAAUUUGCCCUUUAUUUCAUAUGUACUGUUGUACUGUUAAACUGCUUUCAGUUUGGAGAGCCAAGAAGUGUUCUCCAGUCUUAUUGUUUCAAGUGAUUCUAGCUAAUGCUGAUUCUUAGAUACACGUGGGUCACAGCUGGCCUACAACCUGUGCAUCCUGAAGUACCCCCAAAGAGCAGAUCCUCCUUUGGAACAGGAGGAGAGAAAAGUGCUGAAUGUUUUAGCUCUAUUCUAUCCAUCCCCUAUUAUUGCCUAUGACUUAGUAGUAACUCUUCAUUUAUGAUACGGGACUACGAUCAGUAUACUGUGUAGAUACAAACAAAUGCACAUGUCUUAUAAGCAGUCACAUGUACCCUUAACGUGGCAAGCAUGAAUAUUCCCAUUGAUCCUUAGUGUGAUUACCAUGUAGGUGGUAUUAAGCACACAGGCAUUCACUAAGAUGGGGCUUACAGCAUGUUUUCCAGAGUGAGCUUGGUAGAUGUAGAAGUCAGUCACAGCAAGUAGGGGUGGGUUGUUUUUGUGAACUGGAAGAUGACUUACUGUGCUUGUUGGCUUGCUGUACCAAGGCUAGCACUUUGUUUAGCAGAGAUGUUUCCUGAACACAGAGGUGCUGGCUGUGCCGGGGUGUUCUGUAAUCCCUUGUCACAACCAGGGGACUUGAAUUAGGCGCUCAUAGGUAAGAGUCAACAGUGCUUUCAGCUGAUAACAGCAAAGAGAUUUGGGGGAUUUUUUUUUUUAACUUUAUACUGUAGGAUUUUUAAAGUGAUAGAUGUAGUGUAAAGCAGUUCAGCAAACACUGAAUAUUACCUUUUAUUUUCAAGUUGCUGAAUUGAUUCUGAGCGAGUAUAUACACACUGUCAGUUUUUAUUUAUUUGUUACUAUAGUAUAGGGUUGGUUUUGGUUUUUUUUUCUUUUUGAGAAGGAAAAUAAACUGCUUUGUGUUAGAAUUUCCAAAAGCAAAGUGCAACAGCUGUUUGGUUUUCCAUGUUUAAGGCCAGUUAGGAAUAGCUAUCAUUGCUGCGCUGUGUAUGCAAACAGUUCCCAAGAUACAGUUAACAUCAGGGUUUCUGAAUUAUUCUUUGCACUAAAUGCUGCUUCCACCUAGAAAUGUGACUUAGAUACUUAAAAACUUGAUUGAUGAUAAUUUGUGCAAAGAGAAGACUUCUGGCUUUGUAUCUACUGCAUCAGUGCAGUGCACGUGUUAAAAUAAAGGUACGCUAUUACUG